CCCUACUGCCACGACUUGUUCCCCACCAACGUAGGAAUUUUACGAAAAUGGACGAAUUACGUUUAUGGUUGGCAACAAAGAUAUUUUGAAGUUGAAAACGGUUCAUUACUUUAUUAUAAAUCAGAAAAUGAGAAAAUAUUUGGAAGUCGCGGUUCAAUAACAAUUCGCUGUGUUUGGGAAUUAUUCUGGGAAGAGGGUGAGAUGAAAAUGUAUAAAAGAAAUCUGGAAAUUGAUGGUUUAGUUCAAGAUCCUUUGAAGGCUACCCAUUUAGUCAAAGUACACAAACGUGUAUGGCCAACAGCUCAACGUGAAUCUCUGUUUUGGUCGCAUACGCGUCGAUUUAAUGAACAUAGAGAUGCAGAUGCGUUGGAUUUAUUCCUUGUUUGCAAUCAUAGUUGUGUACGCCCUGAUGUUCCGUUAAAACAAAGUUCAAAUGUUCGAGUUGGCCUUACUGUUGCUAUGAUCUGCCAAACCAAACCAGUAGAAGAUUUGACUCGUAAUGACGUUUCUUGUCGAAUAAUUUAUGUUUCACGAGUGGAUCCUGGUGGUUGGGUGCCAGUAGCAGGCUUGAGGAUGAUAUAUAAACGUGAAUAUCCAAAGUUUUUGCGCGGAUUUACUGAAUACGUAGUCAAGAACACCAGAUCUACUCCACUGAUUCUUUAA